AUGGUCAACCCUUUCUCCUUCAUUCAACGCGGCUUGAAUAUUUUGCUGCCCUUCGCAACUCCUGGCACACCAUUAUACCAGGAUCUACUGCACCUCGCCGCACUAUGCACAGCUCUAUAUUAUGCGCCUCAGAUCCAGGCCUAUAUCCAGGAACGACGACAAUCACAAACGCAUGACCAAGCAGAGAAUCAAGCAGAACAACAUAUUCACAACAUCGAGCCUGAAGCUCCAGAGCCGAGACACCAACAAGCAGCUCCCCCACCACGACCUUUCAUCGAGGAUGCUGAAGAGGACGAGCAUGAACAGCCGGAUGCCCCCUUCAAUGAUUUUGUUGGACCUGCGGGCCAUCGACAAGACGACGACGAUGGAGAGCCCGGUCCUGUAAACCCACGUCCUCAAGCACCUCCAGGAAGUAACAACAAUCGCACAGUUGGUGCUAAGAAGGCGAAGUCUUUGCAACGUCGUGACCAACGCCGAGCCUAUCACGAAUUCAUGCGCUCGCAGGGAGAAGCUCAACGCGCAAGAGAUGCUGAAGGCGCAGAGGAACGUGAGGCACAGCUUGCGGUUGAGAGGGCCAGACGUGCAGCAAAGGAGGCAGAGGUUGAGACUAAGCGAGCAAAGGAAAGAGAGGAGAAGAGGCUCAAAGAGGAGAAGGCGAGAGAAGAAGAAAGUCAAAGACGAGAGAGGGCUGUGCGUCUUGUGAGGGAAGAGCUCGAGUCCAGACGAGUCGUCGAUUUGGAAGACGUAGCAAGGCAAGUGGGCGGUAACGUCGGCCGCGAGUGGGUCGAGGGACUAGUCAGAGCCUCAGGGGUGCUGCUUGAAAGUCAAGGACAACAUCGCACAAUGAUCACGGCAAACGGAUGGGUGGUCAGAGUCGAGAGAGAAGACAUGGAGGCUCUGUACAGCGAGGCCGUUGUUGAUGCAGACGAAGAUGGUGCGGUGGCAUAUGCAAAGCUUGGCGAGCGAUUAGAGAGCGUUUUGGGAAAAGGCAUUGCCACUUAG